AUUAAAUAUGAAGUUCACUUUAUGCUGUUUAGCAUUGCUAAAAAUCAUGCUAUGAUUUAUGCUUGUAAUGCCCUUUAGUUGUGGGAGUGAGAUCUCCUCAUUCUUGAAAUCACCUAUUGGAGAUACAUCUGUGCUUGAUGAUGUUUCACUCAUUUAUAUCAACAAAGCAAAAAGUUUCUUUGAAGAUGCAACUAAUAAGGGCUAUGUCAAGCAAGAAGGAACUUGAUUUAACAGGCUUCAAAAUAUUUUCAAUAAUUUUGAGCAAAAUUCAGGAAUCAUCGGAAGGAUGGUGUAUUUCAGUGGGAAAGAUGUCAAUGAUCUGGGAAGAUUCAAAGAAUGCCGCUCUUCAAAUGAUACGAGGUAUAUCGUAUUCUCUGUCAAUGGUCUUCCGAUGGGAAUCUACUUAGCGAUGUGAGUACCUACUGAAUGUACUGAGGAGUACUUUUCACAAUUCAAACCUUACCUGGCAAGUUUCGGUAAUAAGGUUCUUGAUGAGCUUAAUAUCCAACAGGCUUAUUUUGAAGAAGAACUCACUCCUGAAAGAUUUGAUUUCUUUGAUUCUGCUAAGAGAAAUUCUGAAGUUCAGACUCUCAGGGCUGGCCACUACAUUACUAUACUCAUAAUGAUUUUCUUGAUUACAAGUGUGAUAGUAUCAACCAUUAUUGAACUCAUUGAGAGAUCAAAGAAGACUGCUAGAGAAAAGGCAGGAAUUCCAGAGCCGGAGCCUAAACCUAAAAAUUGUCUCCAGAAAUACUUCACUUCCUUCUAUCUUUUGGAAAACACCAGCAAAUUGUUCUUUGCCAGGAGCAAAGAUGGAGAUAAGAAUCUGGAAAUUCUUAAUGGAGUUAGAGUCCUAAGUAUGGCUUGGGUUAUCCUCGGGCAUACCUAUUACUAUGCUAUGAGAACAGCAUUGCAUAAUCCAUUGGUUCCUUUAGACUUAUUGAAGAGUUUUACUUUUAACAUAGUCUCUUCUGGUCCAUAUUCUGUUGAUAUCUUCUUUUGGCUAUCUGGAUUUCUUGGAGUUUAUAUCCUCCUUGGAUCAACUCAUAAAAGAAAGGGAAGGAUGCAAAACUGGUUAAUGAUUUACCUCCAUAGAUUCCUCAGACUUAUGCCAGUUUAUGUAGUGACUCUCCUCUUUUUUUGGUUCGUGAUGUCCGCUGUCGGAUCAGGACCGAUUUUUUUCCAAUAUUAUAAUUCAGGAGCUUCUCAUUGUAGAAGGGCUUGGUGGGUCCAUCUUUUAUUUCUUAAUAAUUUCUAUGAGAUUUAUCCAGAUGCAAACAACUGUAUGGGAUGGACUUGGUACUUGCCAAAUGAUAUGCAAUUCUUCCUUUUAAUCCCUCCACUGGUAUUUUUACUUUACAAAAGUAGGAUGAUAGGAUUCUUGGUCAUUGCUCUAUUGCAAAUGGCAGCUUUUGCUGCUACUUUCACUAUUGCAUGGAAGGGAAAUAUGGGUCCAAGUUAUUUCAGAGCUACUAGUGAUUAUUACAGAUUAUAUUAUCAAAGACCAUGGGCUAGGAUUUCCCCAUUUUUCAUUGGGGUAAUUGUAGCGGUGCUACUUUACUCUUUUAAAAAUGACGAUCCAAAAGACAGUAUAUGCAAAAGAAUUAUGGAUAAAAUAAAUCAGAAUAUGAUAAUUAGAAUCAUAAUGUAUGUUGUUGGCAGUAUUAUAUUCUUGACAAUGAUUUUUAUCUUCUAUUGGAUCAAUAAUUAUCCUGACAGCUUCUCAAAAGGAUUUAAUAUUUCAUUCUUAACCUUCUCAAAAGGUCUCUUUAUUGUCGGAAUGAACCUGGUUCUACUUCCUGUUCUUAUGGGACACUUCUCUCUGAUGAGAAAUAUCCUAGCAUUUGAUGCAUUUACUCCUUUAGCAAGAUUGACUUUUGGAGCUUACAUGGUUCAUCCAACAGUCAUGCUUUUUGAUGCAAUGAAUACUGUUAGAGGUGAAUAUAUGACAAUCAGUUUUGGAAUAAUUAGGUUCAUCUGAUGGAUAGUUGUAUCCUUUGCGAUCAGUUUGAUUUUAACCCUCUUAGUCGAAACUCCUUUCAUGAGAUUAGAAAAAGAGUAUUUGAUGGGAGGUUAUGGUUGUCGCAAGACCAAAAAGAAACAUCUAAAGAAACCAAUUAACCAAGAAUUGAAGGACGAAUCUGAACCAACAGAAGAACUUGAUCAAGGUUUUGUAAACCCUAAAGAAAUUUUACUUCAAGAGACUCAAGAUAGAAUAAUAGGCAACGGAAUGAAUCAUGAUCUUGAUGAUAUCCCGAAUAGGAAAAGAAGCUCACAGAAAGUACUACAAUUAGAACUAAAGGAGAAAAAUAUUGUAUCUAUUAAUGGUUACGAAGAAGAAUCUGAAGAGAGUCUUACUAAUGUAGAUGUCUCAGAAGAAUCAACCCCUGAAGGCAAUAAGAUAAACAGAUUUAUAAGAAAUGGGCACUAAUAAUUCAAAAUGAUAACAUGUAAAGG